CGACAAUCUAGCUAAACACCGGAUCUGGGAAGGAAGGGCGCUUUUGGAGCAGCCACUUUUGGAAUGCUUUCAGGACGCAGCAGUGGUUGGCAUUCCACCAUGGUGAUGCAAAUGUGUUGAAGGUGAACAGGGCGUUUUGAGGAGCUCUCAAAAGGUGUGCGUCUGUUCCUCAGUGGGGCCUUUCCGCCCCAUAGAAAUGGAGAACGACGACAUUCACUACCAUCGAGGUGGGGUCGUGGGACCCUCCUCGCAGGACGCGCUUGGUGUGAAUGGUCUCAUCUCCAGCUCUGCAGAAUGGAGGGAGGGCGAGCUGCGCGCUACCCCCACGAGGGGUUCUCGGGAAGGGGAGCUGCGGACCCCCCCUCGGCAUCUUAUCAUCCCAGGGCACCAAAGAAUGGACAGCUCAGCGAGCGAGGUUAGCUUGGAGGAGGGCCGGGAUCUGCACCACGACGGGGGUGACCUGAGCAUGGGCAUUGCGAGUUCGAGUUCCAGCGGGAGCUCUCUGGAGAACCAACUGGUCACGGGGUCCACCAUGAAGAAGGAGUUUAAGAUCAAGGUGUCCCCCAUGAGAAUGCACCACUAUGGCAGCGACAGCGACCUGGGGGAGCGGCCCUUGGUAUGCGAGAUUUGCGACACGCAGGUCGGGCUGGACCUCGACGGCAACGAGUUUGUGCCAUGCGAGUGCGCAUUUCCGAUCUGCCGCAAAUGCUAUGAGUACAUCCGAGAGCAUGACGGCGGGAACUGCCCCCAGUGCAAGGAGCGCUACAAGCGGAUGGCAGGGAGCCCCCUUAUGCCGUGGGACAUGGAGGAUGAGACCGCGUCCGAUGGGGAGGAUGAGGACGGAUUCCAGCAGACGCCACUGCUGCCGCGCUACGGGGGGAACUCACUCGAGGGCCCUCCGUCAGUCAAGCUACUGAAGAAUGAGAGCUCGGGGGUUCACGACUCCCAGGUGGUCGUGCGCGUGAAUGCUGAGGACAUAGAAGACCCCGACGAGCUCGAGAAGAACUACGGCAUGGGCAGCAUUGUGUGGACCCCCGCGCUGCAGCGCAUCAACAGCCCUGGGGAUGAGUACGCAAAAGUACAGGGCGAUGAGAAGGCCAAGUCGCUGUCGCGCAAGGUGCCCAUCAAGUGGCGCCUCCUCAACCCCUACAGGGCGCUCGUAGUCGUGCGAUUUGCGGUCAUGCUCCUGUUUCUGACGUGGCGGGUGCGCACCCCCAACAACAGCGCCUACUGGCUGUGGCUCACGUCCGUCGUGUGCGAGAUCUGGUUCGCUGUCUCCUGGCUCUUCGAUCAGGCCCAAAAGUGGUCCCCCAUCACGCGCGAGACGUACCUGGACCGCCUCGAGCUCAAGUACGACCACAUGGGCGAGGCGUCUGAGCUGGCGGGUGUCGACGUGUUCGUCAGUACCGCUGAUCCCGAGAAGGAGCCCCCCCUCGUGACGGCGAACGUCAUCCUGUCAGUGCUGGCAGCGGACUACCCAACGGACAAGAUCGCGUGCUACUUGUCUGACGACGGCGGUGCCCUGCUGACGUACGAGGCCCUCCACGAGACGUCCUGCUUUGCGCGCCACUGGGUGCCCUUCUGCAAGAAGUUCGAGAUUGAGCCGCGCGCUCCCGAGAUGUACUUCGGAGAGAAGGGGGACUACUUGAAGGGACAGAUCAAGCAGGAGUUCGUCAAGGAGCGGCGCUCAAUGAAGCGGCUGUAUGAGGAGUUCAAGGUGCGCAUCAACGCCCUUGUGGCUAAGGCGCAGAACCGCCCCCGCGACGGCUGGACCAUGGCGGACGGCUCCCCCUGGCCGGGCAACAAGCGCAGCGACCACGAGUCGAUGAUCCAGGUGCUGCUCCAGCCGGACGGCAACUUCCCGGACGUCCAAAUGAACAAGCUGCCGUGGCUCGUGUACGUUUCUCGUGAGAAGCGUCCGAAGCACAACCACAACAAGAAGGCCGGAGCCAUGAACGCGCUCGUGCGCGCGUCGGGGGUCAUCACGAACGCGCCGUACAUCCUCAAUCUGGAUUGUGAUCACUACGUCAACUACGCCAAGGCGUUCAAGGAGGCCAUGUGCUUCAUGAUGGACCCGAUCAAGGGCCCCGGCAUCUGCUACGUUCAGUUCCCGCAGCGGUUCGACGGUAUCGAUACCAACGAUCGGUACUCCAACCACAACACCGUUUUCUACGACAUCAACAUGAAGGGGCUGGAUUCCAUCCAGGGGCCAGUGUAUGUCGGCACGGGGUGCUGCUUCAGAAGACAGGCCCUGUACGGCUACGAGCCGCCCGCCAAGGCGCGCGACGCGCUGCGCGACGAGGAGAAGCAGACGGGCUUCUUCUCGUGGUGCUGCGGCCCGCGCAAGAGCAAGGGCGCCAACGGGAAGAAGGGCAAGAAGGGCGACGAGGACAGCGUCUCGGGGCACGAGCUCACAGACAUGCAAGAUCUGAAGCCCCUGAAGGUUAACUACGAGGACCUGCAGAAGCGCUUCGGCAAGUGCGGCGACUUCGUCUCCAGCACGCUUGAGACCGGCCUUGCCCCGUCUGCGGACUUUUCGGAGCCGGACCGUGUGCUGCGCAAUGCGAUCGAGGUGACGGCGAUCGACUACGAGAAGGGCAGCAUGUGGGGCAAGGACAUUGGCUGGAUCUACGGGUCCAUCACGGAGGAUAUCGUCACCGGUUUCGUCAUGCACUCGCGCGGCUGGCGCUCCGUCUAUGCCAUGACCAAGCGGCCCGCCUUCAAGGGAACCGCCCCUAUCAACAUGGCCGAUCGUCUGCACCAAGUCCUCCGGUGGGGUCUCGGCUCCGUCGAGAUCUUCUUCUCGCGCCACAACCCGCUGUGGUACGGCUACCGCAAGGGCAACCGCGGGCUGAAGGGCGCGCAGCGCCUCGCGUACAUCAACACGACCGUCUACCCGUUCACGAGCAUUCCGCUCGUCGUCUACUGCAUGCUCCCCGCGCUCUGCCUCUUCUUCAACCAGUUCGUGACGCCCGAGAUCAGCUCGACCGCGCUCGUCUACUUCUUCGUCUUCUUCGCGUCGAUCGCAGCGACCGCCAUUAUGGAGAUGCGCUGGAGCAACGUCACGUUCACGGACUACUGGAGGAACGAGCAGUUUUGGGUUAUCGGAGGCACGAGCUCGCACUUGGCCGCCGUGUGGCAAGGCCUGCUCAAGGUCAUCUUCCGCGUCGACUCCAAGUUCACGCUCACGCAAAAAGACCUUGGCGACGCUGACGACGAGUUCGCGGAGCUGUAUGUCUUCCGCUGGACGUGGCUCAUCGUCCCCCCCAUUGCGAUCGUUCUCGUCAACCUCCUGGGCAUCGCGAUCGGAAUCACCAGGGAGCUCGCGAAAACCGUCCCUUCCUGGGGGGAUCUCUUCGGGAAGCUCGCGUUUUCCGGCUGGGUGCUCAUCCACUUAUACCCGUUCGCCAAGGGUCUUAUGGGGCGGCGCAACAGGAUACCCCCCUACGUGUGGCUCGUCCUCGGGGCGAUGCUUAUCGGGCUGGGGAUCGGAUAUACGACGUUCUUCUCAGUCAGCGGGAUUGCGGACAAGUCGCCGUCCAGUGCGACGGAUCCAGCGGCAGGCGGGGCAUACGCGGGGAGCGCUUAUGCAAACGGGCUGUACUACGGUCCUUAGAUCCGGGAGUGUCAGGAGAUACAGGAACCCGGGGUUGGUCGCAGAGAACGAAAUUUUGCUGCGGGGAGUUGGAGAGUUUCGGUUACGGUGGGGUUUGGCAGAGACCGAGAUUUUAGGCGAGGGAUGGGCUUGGGACGGUUUGCAGGGACGGGAGACGGCUGUAUUUAUCACAGUUGGUAGGCGGACUGUUCGUGCUAGAGCAACUGAAAAGUGGCUGGUGGAGUUAAAAAAGGGAGGACCAGGCUACUAAGUUAUUCUAGAGAUUGCGUAGCUGCUGUGCUUGACUAGUUUGCUGUCUCUGUCGACUUUGGAAACCUUUCGUAGCUGACUGUGGAAUCGAUUAGGGUAGAGUUCUUCCAAUAACGGCGUCUUCCACAAGGGCGCGUGCGUGUGUGUCUAGAAGAGUCAUUGCAUCGUUGACCCACGUAGACAAGCACUCGAAACAAGAAACACCACAACCAUCAUUCUUUCCUGCAGACUGCGUCGAAUUGACUUUUCCCAUGUUAGGAACGUGCUAAUCCAUUUAGCGCCCACACUGUCAAUUGGUU